AUGCUUUACAGCGUACGGAUCCAAACUUAUACCACACAAAAUAUUAAGAGCGGCUUUUCACACACUGGGAUUGUGCCAUAUAAUCUACAAAAAGUCCUAUCUCAGUUGCAAAUUGCUGUCCGGGAGGCUACUCCAGCCUCAAUUCGCCCUAGCACGUCAAGCAGCAGCACCUGGAGCCCAAAAACGCCUUACAAUGCCCGUACGCUAGAAAAACAGGCCAAAUCUGUCAAGAGAUCUCUCAAUAUGGGAGAUUUAGACAGCAAUUCGCCAUCGUGUCCGGCUUUUAACCAGUUGAUCAAGGGAUCCCUUGUAGUGAUGCACCAAGCUGCCAUUUUAGCUAGGGAGAACCAUAACCUACGCGAAGCAAAUGAUAUUUUACAGAAGCGCCGCACUCGCCGUACAAAAGCCCUACAAGCCGAUGGUAUUUUGACAGUCGCUGAAGGCCGAGAGCUUGCUCAGGAGCUUCCUGAAGAGGCUCAACCCCCUCCUCCACCCAACGGGAGCGCGCCUUUGCAGCCAGCUCAACGGGCCCUACCAAGGGCAUAA